GGAGACAGGGGCGGGGCAGGCGAGGGUGGGAGCGGCUGGCGCCGCGGGCCAGGACUGUCUGAGGAGAAGUUUGCGAGCGCUGGCUAUGGGUCCUGGGGCGCGGCUGGCGGCGCUGCUGGCGGUGCUGGCGCUCGGGACAGGAGACCCAGAAAGGGCUGCGGCUCGGGGCGACACGUUCUCGGCGCUGACCAGCGUGGCGCGCGCCCUGGCGCCCGAGCGCCGGCUGCUGGGGCUGCUGAGGCGGUACCUGCGCGGGGAGGAGGCGCGGCUGCGGGACCUGACUAGAUUCUACGACAAGGUACUUUCUUUGCAUGAGGAUUCAACAACCCCUGUGGCUAACCCUCUGCUUGCAUUUACUCUCAUCAAACGCCUGCAGUCUGACUGGAGGAAUGUGGUACAUAGUCUGGAGGCCAGUGAGAACAUCCGAGCUCUGAAGGAUGGCUAUGAGAAGGUGGAGCAAGACCUUCCAGCCUUUGAGGACCUUGAGGGAGCAGCAAGGGCCCUGAUGCGGCUGCAGGAUGUGUACAUGCUCAAUGUGAAAGGCCUGGCCCGAGGUGUCUUUCAGAGAGUCACUGGCUCUGCCAUCACUGACCUGUACAGCCCCAAACGGCUCUUUUCUCUCACAGGGGAUGACUGCUUCCAAGUUGGCAAGGUGGCCUAUGACAUGGGGGAUUAUUACCAUGCCAUUCCAUGGCUGGAGGAGGCUGUCAGUCUCUUCCGAGGAUCUUACGGAGAGUGGAAGACAGAGGAUGAGGCAAGUCUAGAAGAUGCCUUGGAUCACUUGGCCUUUGCUUAUUUCCAGGCAGGAAAUGUUUCGUGUGCCCUCAGCCUCUCUCGGGAGUUUCUUCUCUACAGCCCAGAUAAUAAGAGGAUGGCCAGGAAUGUCUUGAAAUAUGAAAGGCUCUUGGCAGAGAGCCCCAACCACGUGGUAGCUGAGGCUGUCAUCCAGAGGCCCAAUAUACCCCACCUGCAGACCAGAGACACCUACGAGGGGCUAUGUCAGACCCUGGGUUCCCAGCCCACUCUCUACCAGAUCCCUAGCCUCUACUGUUCCUAUGAGACCAAUUCCAACGCCUACCUGCUGCUCCAGCCCAUCCGGAAGGAGGUCAUCCACCUGGAGCCCUACAUUGCUCUCUACCAUGACUUUGUCAGUGACUCAGAGGCUCAGAAAAUUAGAGAACUUGCAGAACCAUGGCUACAGAGGUCAGUGGUGGCAUCAGGGGAGAAGCAGUUACAAGUGGAGUACCGCAUCAGCAAAAGUGCCUGGCUGAAGGACACUGUUGACCCAAAGCUGGUGGCCCUCAACCACCGCAUUGCUGCCCUCACAGGCCUUGAUGUCCGGCCUCCCUAUGCAGAGUAUCUGCAGGUGGUGAACUAUGGCAUCGGAGGACACUAUGAGCCUCACUUUGACCAUGCUACGUCACCAAGCAGCCCCCUCUACAGAAUGAAGUCAGGAAACCGAGUUGCAACAUUUAUGAUCUAUCUGAGCUCGGUGGAAGCUGGAGGAGCCACAGCCUUCAUCUAUGCCAACCUCAGCGUGCCUGUGGUUAGGAAUGCAGCACUGUUUUGGUGGAACCUGCACAGGAGUGGUGAAGGGGACAGUGACACACUUCAUGCUGGCUGUCCUGUCCUGGUGGGAGAUAAGUGGGUGGCCAACAAGUGGAUACAUGAGUAUGGACAGGAAUUCCGCAGACCCUGCAGCUCCAGCCCUGAAGACUGAACUGUUGGCAGAGAGAAGCUGGUGGAGUCCUGUGGCUUUCCAGAGAAGCCAGGAGCCAAAAGCUGGGGUAGGAGAGGAGAAAGCAGAGCAGCCUCCUGGAAGAAGGCCUUGUCAGCUUUGUCUGUCUCGCAAAUCAGAGGCAAGGGAGAGGUCGUUACCAGGGGACACUGAGAAUGUACAUUUGAUCUGCCCCAGCCACGGAAGUCAGAGUAGGAUGCACAGUACAAAGGAGGGGGGAGUGGAGGCCUGAGAGGGAAGUUUCUGGAGCUCAGAUACUCUCUAUUGGGAACAGGACAUCUCAACAGUCUCAGGUUCGAUCAGUGGGUCUUUUGGCACUUUGAACCUUGACCACAGGGACCAAGAAGUGGCAAUGAGGACACCUGCAGGAGGGGCUAGCCUGACUCCCAGAACUUUAAGACUUUCUCCCCACUGCCUUCUGCUGCAGCCCAAGCAGGGAGUGUCCCCCUCCCAGAAGCAUAUCCCAGAUGAGUGGUACAUUAUAUAAGGAUUUUUUUUAAGUUGAAAACAACUUUCUUUUCUUUUUGUAUGAUGGUUUUUUAACACAGUCAUUAAAAAUGUUUACAAAUCA